AUGCAGAAGCACUCGUGCUGUCCACACUACACUCUCCGGCUGGACUCAACCCAAUUCAAGCCCACCAAGGAUCAGCGCCAGGCCGUCAAUCGUUUCAACCGCCACAUAAUCGGUGAUACGUACGCCAGGGAGGCGGCCCGUCUGCAUCCACGAUCCCGUGCCGAGGUAAGAAGACGCCAUAACGUCUUCGACCUGGUCGAGAGGAUCCAUGAACCCGAGGCCGAGGUCCUCAAGUCCCCGCCGUCGCCGGACCAUGCGUUUACCGUCACGCUAGAGCCGGAUACGUUCACCGAAGAGAAAUACGAAAUCUUCGAGAACUACCAGCGCAUCGUCCACCGCGAGCCCCAGGACAAGGUCUCGCGCCAUGGCUUCAAGCGCUUCCUGUGCAACUCCCCACUGAGCCGGGGGUCCAUGGUCGGCCCGGACGGCAAGGAACGCAAGCUAGGGUCCUUCCACCAGUGCUACCGUAUCGACGGGAAACUGGUCGCCGUGGGCGUCCUGGACCUCCUGCCCGAUUGUGUUAGCGCCGUCUACUUCCUCUACCACGAGUCGAUCCACUGGCUGAACCCCGGCAAGCUGGGCGCCCUGCGCGAGAUUGCCCUGGCCCGGGAGGCGGGAUAUCGCUGGUGGUAUCCGGGGUACUAUGUGCACAACUGUGCCAAGAUGAGGUACAAGAUCGAGUACAAGCCGCAGUAUGUCCUUGACCCGGAAGAUCUCCAAUGGUAUCUCCUGGAUAAGGAAGCCCUCGACAAGUUUGACAAGGAGCAUUAUGUCUGUUUCUCGAGAACGGAGCAGGCAGUUGGUCAUGCUGAUACCAAGGAGCACGGCGUCAAUGGCGCCAACGGAAUCGACAAGGCAGUAGAUACAGUAGCCACAGGAAACCAUAACGCAACCGAAGGCUCCCAAAAAGCUGACGAAGCCUCCCCCUCCCCCUCCUCCGCAGAACAGGCAGCAACAGAAGAAGCGGAAGCAGAAGCAGAAGAAGAAGAAGACGGCUUCCUCCUCGCCAGCAACAUGCCGGGGAUCCCGACGCUCGCCGAGAUGGAGGAGGUCGACAUGGACGGCCUGGUGCUGCGCUCCGACUUCUCCGACACCUUCAUCGUCGCGUCGCACCUCGUCAUCUGGGACACGGAGCACGUCAGCCAGUUCGGCUCCCUCAAGUCGCGCAUCGCUGAGCUGGUUGCCGCUGUCGGGCCGGACCUGAUCGGCGAUAUCUGUAUCGACUUUCGGAAACGCUCUGCUUCGUAG